AUGUCGAAUAAAGCUAGAAGUAGAAAUAAACUACUAUCGUCACAGAACAGGUCACUGUUCACAAACUCAACAAUCAAAGAUGAAUUAAUAGAUAUGAAAUUUCUGAUGGAAAAACCGAAUUUACCAGUAUAUUCACUAGACGAUUUUGCAACAACUUCUUUAUCCCCAAAAAUUAAAACACCUAACGAAGAAAUUCAAAAAAACAUAAAUGGAGAAUUAACAUAUCCAGAUUUUUUGCCCUGGAAAGAUCAUACACAAACUGGUAAAGAUGAAAGAUCAAUGGAUUUCAAAAAAAUUGAAAAUACAACUUAUUUAAGUAAAGGAUAUUUUGAAGUACCACAAGUCUCAAAUGAAUAUUAUUCUGCAAGAAAUCUAAUACUGGCAACUGUGUUUUUAUCAACUGAAAAUUGUACAAAUGUUAUUAAAGAAUUGUCUCAACACUUAGCAAAUGCAUACAAGAGUAGAAAUGAAGCCAUAAAUCAAAUUAGAUCAGAUUCAAAUCAUUUCAGAAUACCUCAAAGAGUUACUUUAACAGCCUCCAAAAAAGAAAGUUGGCUCAAAGACUUAAGUAAUUCACAAAUUUCAUUACAAAAAAUUGGUGAAAAAACUCCUCAUGGUAUACGGAAUAAACAAUUGAUUGAUGCAAUUAUUUCACAUUAUAUUCCAAUUAACAGAGCCCUUUGGUUUACAAAAUGUGUUAUGUUUGGUGAAUUACUGGCAUUAAGAAGGAAACAUCAUUCAAGAAUGUCAAUGAGUGGAGGAACUCCUCAAUCUAAUGAUUUUGGUAAUUCCGCUGAAAAAUUCGAAGUACAUUGGUUGCAAGAAUGGACCCAACAAGUGGUUGAUUAUGUUUUUAAAUUAUCAAAAGAGAUGGCAACAAUUAAUAGUAUAGAGAAAAAAGAACAAUGCAUGAAAAAAUUCAAUCAUACUAUGGAAUAUAUUCAAUCGUUGUAUGUGGAAUGCUUGUUAGAUAAAACAAUAUUCUUAAUGUUGAUCAUUAAACCUUUAAAAGAUGGCUUGUCACUCGACUCAGAAGUUGUAAAAGAGCUACUAAAAAUUGAUGAAGAUAAAGCUGAUGAUGACGAAGAUAAUGACUUCAAUAAAAUGGAGCAUAUAAAAUUCAAUUUAAAUUAUGAACAACGUCUAACAUCAUUAACUUUGAUUAAAAUGUUCUGGAAUGAUUUAAUAAAAAUUGAUUUUGUAGCAAAAGAAUUGAGUGAGCUGGUUUUACUCAGUUAUUUUUUCAUUUCCAAAUUGACUAGUUAUCCACAAUGGGAAAUACCCGACGAUGUCAAAUUUAAUAUUUUAAAACUUUUAAGUGAUACCACAGUCUAUUUAUUUAAGUACAACACUAAUAUGUUUGUUAUACCAAAUAAUUGGCAAUUGACAGAAAAUUCAUUAACUACAAUCUUGACCGAAAGUUUUAGUUCAAUAUCCGAAGCAGAGAAGGAGAAAAUACAAAGUCAAUUGGAGUUAGUAAGAUACCGUAAUGAGAGUUUAAUACUUAAUUUAAGAAAAAUUGAAGACCAAAACAACAACAUUGGGCAAAACAUCAAUACUAGAAAAUAUAUGAGUGAUGAACUUAAAACAAUCCAUACAUUAGAUUCUUUAAAAUUGAAUGAAGAAUUUGCUUGUUCCUUGAAACCACAUUCAAAAAAUUGGAAGGAAAAUUUGAAAACGCUUUUAUUUUGGUGUGUUUCACCUUGGAGAUAUUGUGAACCCGCAAGUGAAAACAUCUUAAUUGUAUGUAAUUAUUUGAAAAAGCAUUUUGUAUUAUUAGACAAUGCAUUGAGUAAAUCUUCCAAAGCAGAGUUUGGGAAUGAGAUACUAGAAAUAAUAUAUCAAAUUACAGAGUCUAACUCAGAUUUGGUGGACAAACAUAAACUUAAUGUUUUAAUAAAUGAGUUGUACCAGUUGAGAUUAAUGACUAUUGCUGCAUAUAUUAGAAAGCUCAUUGCAAAUGGUGUAUUUCUAGGUGAUCCGAAUGAGGAUGCUGAUGUUACUACUCAAGGUCAUUUGGAAAUUUUACAGAACUUACCUUCGGUUAAUAAUAAACAAUGUGAUAGUAUCUUGAAAAAAUGGACCAAAAGUCCAGUAAAAUUUCAGAACAUAAUGGAUUCGUCCAAGGAAUUUUUACAGAAAGAAGUAUUAGACAAAAUUUUUACCAAUAAAUUUGAUUCGUUAUCAGAUGAAUGCAAGGAUCAUUUAAACUCGUUAAAAGUCGGAAUUAAAUUCUUGUUAGUAAACUGGAUUACAAAUGAAUUAAAAUCAAAAUUCAACACUACUUCAAAAUUAAUUCACGUCACUCCAAAUGUAAUACUGGGACUUUAUGAACUUUAUUUAUUAUCUGAUAACCUUGCUGUAUUUUUCAAGUCAGUGGUACAAGCUGUUUUGAGAAACGAAAGUGGAAUUAUUAUCAUAUACCUAGAUGGUCUUUAUUUAAUUUCACGAUUAGUGAUGAAACACUUUAAACUUAUCAAGCAGUUUCCUGAAAAUGCCAAUAACUCGACAGCAAUCAAUUUACUAAGACUUAUUAUACAAGUAUACAAAGAUCUAAGUGGUAGAGAAUAUAAUUAUCUUAAUUUCCAUCAGGUAUGGAAUUUUAUUGAUUCUAUCAUUGACAAGGAAGAUACUGGUGUGCAAUAUAAAAGACGUAAAUUAAACAAUUCAUCUAAGUUUUCAGAUUAUCUGGCCAAACCUUAUGAAACAUUUGAAUCACCAAUGCAUAUAAACACAGUUGAUUUAUCAAUUAAAGAUACUGAAGGAAAGACGUAUACAUCAAAUGACUUUAGAAAUGCUUUGGAUACAUUAAAGAAUGAGUCCUCAAAGAUUCUUACAGCUGAAGAAGUUCUGGAGCUAAAUUUGUCUAGUGAGGACUUAUUAUCAAAUUUGGAUUAUUGGUUCAAUAGCGUUGAAAAUAUAUCAGAAGCAAAUGAAACGGCAAUUGCCAAAUUAAUUAGAAGUGAAUUUGCUAAAGAUUUUGCUAAAACAAAGGAAUUGAUUAAAGAUUUUUUAUUGAAAAUACUAAAAUCAGAUGGACAAAAAGACUUGAUGAUCAGUAAAUUGAUUAUAUAUAAUAUCACCACCAUAAAAUAUUUAGUAAAUCUUAUACAAAUAGAAAGCUCAGCACCAGAGCUAGUUUUGGAUUUACUUUUAGGAGCUACAGCAACUUCCAAAUUGUCAUGUGCACAACUUCAACUAUUGAAAAUAGACAGGUAUUUAUUUCAAGAGAAGAAUAAGCAUUUAUUUGUAACAACUAUCCUGCAAUGUUUGACGAAAAAUAAGAGUCAAUUUCACGAGCUUUUCAACCGACACAAAACUAGUAUUUUGCAUUAUUUAAAACAAGGUCAACUGUUCAACGAUCAUUUCAUAUACUUUGAAUUUUUCAAAAAUUUGGAUCAAAAGGAGGUUAUCAACAUCUUAAAUAUUCUUCUACAAAGAACUGAAGAUAAUUCGAUAGAAACAAUAGAACAAUUUGAUGACAAUUUAGUUGAGAUUAAUGGUUUAAAUGUGACGUUUUAUCAAAUUUUAUUAGGUCAUAUCUCAAACACAUUGAAUGAAUUGUCAUCGAAUGAAGUUGAAACUCAAUGGGAGAGGUUUAUUUCAAAAUUGUUGAUCAAUGGUGAAAGCUAUAUGGGACAGAGUUCAAUAUUUGUUGAGGUAUUUGAUUGGGUAUCUUGGACUCAAAAGGUUGUAAUUUUAGGAAUUUUUGAGAGUAAAUUUAUGGACUUUAUUCAAACCCAAAAUUUAGAGACAAUAAAAGCUGUUUCUACAUUUGACACUUUCUUUACCAAAUGUUUAACUUACUCAAUGGGUUCUGUUGAAACAUCAAGAUUAUUUGUUCAAAAUUUAGCUGAAUGUUUAGACAAGUUGGAACAUUGUACUAUUAAUAAUGAUACAGGUGAUACGAUGAAUUUAGCUAUUACAAUUAUUUUGAAGAUUCUAAUUAUUCAUAAACCUACAUUAUGUUCUUUUAUGGCUAAAAAUAAUUCGGAUGAACUAGUGUCAUCUUUAAUUAAAAGUUUGAUUGGAAUAUUAAAUUCAUUAAAUCAAAAUGACAAAAUUAGAAUCUUAUUUUAUGAUUUAUUAUUUUUAAUGAAAUCAUCUAUAACUGAAGAAAUCAAUACAAUUAAUGAACAAGAACUUCAAGUUAAUCAAAAUAGUCCAGGAGACUUUAAAAUAAUGGAUACUCCAAAUAUUACAAGAUCAACUCAUAUACAACAAUUAUUUGAAUUACCAGAAUUAAAUGAAGAAAAUCCUUUUACAGAUGAAUUAGAUGAAAAUUUAAUAUAUUCAUCAAAUAUGUUACAGGAAGAUGAAUUAAAAAAUGGAGGAGAUUCUCAUAUAUUCAAUGAUCGUGGAUUAAAAUUACAAUUAACUAAACAUAAUUCAUUAGAUAUUUCACCUUUUGUUGGUAAUAUUCUAAAUACUAAUGACACAAAAGAUGAUCAAAAUUCAAUGAAAAUUUUAAGAACUAUUUCAAAACCUUUUAAAUUAAGAAGUUAUGAAAUUUUAGAAGAUACUAAUUCUGGUUUAAAUGAUGGUUGUAUUAAUUUACUGUUGUUUGAUGCUUAUCUUACUAAGGAAAAUAUUCCAUAA